CUCUUUACAAAUGUUUGCCAUUGAGCUAUUGCAUUCCUGCACAAAUGUUGUGGAAAUAUGCAAUCCGCUACUAGCAUCUAUGUUACACAAUAACGUGUUAUCCAACGACAUCAAUGAUUCAUCCCUGUCGGCGUCCAUUAAAAACUGGUGAUGGCCGUCGAUGUCAGUUGUAAACAUUAUAAUCAUUGGCAAAAUAUCUCCAAAUUAUAUACACAAAAAGAUUAUACGAUUAUGAAUAUCAUAUCUAAUCGUGUCACAUCGUGUGUUAAGCCACUUUUGCUCAUAAGAACUGUAUCGACAAGUUGUUCAAGACGUAAAGAUGAGUUUCAAGAUUUAAUCCAUCCGGAGAGUCGGGAACCUAACAUCCCACAUUAUAUAGAACGCGAAGGAGAAAAUGCAGAUCUCAAAAGAGCACGAUUGACAUAUCAGUCUCGUAAGCGUGGAAUGUUGGAGAAUGGACUACUUCUUAGCACAUUUGCAAAAAAGUACUUAAAUACAUUCAAUGAUACAGAAUUAAGAUUAUAUGACCGUCUUAUAAAUUUACCAUCAAAUGAUUGGGACAUAUUCUAUUGGGCAACUGGAGUUAAACCAACUCCACCUGAAUUUGAUAAUGAAGUGAUGGAUUUGUUGAAAAAGCAUAUUCAGAAUGAAGAUCGACAGGCUAGGAUAAUGCAACCAGACUUAUAAAUGUACUUAAUAUAUUAGUAAAUAAUAUAGUAAAAUAAUUAAAAGAUAAUGUAACAUGUACUAAAGAAAUAAUUUAGUGUACAAUGUAAAUUUAUUCCAAUAAAAGUGAUCAUAUGUUAUCACAAAUAACAAAGAA